AACGAAGUUGAAACCGGUGUUUGUGACGCCUGUAGACAACGUCGUGGAAGACGCUGUAAUCCUGAGGAAGAGAUGGUUCCUGUGCAGCAACAGCAAUCACAGCAACAGCAGCAAGUGCCUGAAUACCAGACCUGUUGGCAGGGCACGCUUCAAUGGGUAGAAAAGAUAGAAAAUCCUACCAAUAUUAAUGAAAUACCAUGUCAGAUUUCAAUGCACCCGGAAGAUAAACAAGAUUGGAAUGCCGACACAUGGCCUCAGAAACUAGUCAUGCAGUUGGUGCCGAAACAACUGAUGGCAGUUAUUGAUGGAUUUGUCCUGUACAAUUCAAAUCCUCUGCACUUCCAUCCACAGAAUUGCAAAGCCCUUGAAUCUGUGAUCAAAAUUAUGCGUUAUGGUUUUGCGGGCUGUGUUCAUUUCAAGAGCAUAUCGCCAGAGGCAGAAAGUGACUUGAAAUAUGUUGUUCUUUUGUACAUAUCAAACCAGAAUGAAUUCGUGGGAUUUAUCCCUAAGAAUCAGAAAAUGUUAUUAGACAAUCUCAGUCGUGCCCUAAAUCAAAAAAUGCCAAGCCUGAUAUUGAGAAGUCAGUCCCAGGAGUUGGUUCUUGAGAAACGGCAUACACAGCAACAACAACAACAACAACAACAAGGGCAACAACAACCACAGCAACAACAACAACAGCAGCAGCCAGAGGAGGAACACCAGACCCUCUGGGAAGGACUUCUAGAGUGGAUAGACAAUACAAAAAGUCUUAACGAUGCUGAUCAAGUAAUAAGACAUAUACCAUGUCGAAUUUCAAGAAAACCAAAGGAUGGUGCACCAGACUUGAAAGCUGACUCAUGGCCUCUGAAACUAACUGUGCACUUGGUGCCAAUAGAUCUGCUUGGAGUUGUUGGUGGUAUUUUUCUGAAAAAUUCAAAUCUUCUGCACUUCCAUCCAGAGAACUGUGAAGCUCUUGAAUUACUGACCGGAGCUUUGAGUUCUGGAUAUGCAGGCUAUGUCCAUUUCAAGAAAGUGACGCCGACGUCAGAGUGUGACGUUAAGGUUGUUGUCCUUUUGUACGAGUCAUUCAGGAAUGAAUAUGUUGGAGCUGUCCCUAAUGAUGAUGCAGCAUAUAUGGCAGCUGUCCAAAGUGCCAUAAGGGAAUCGAGCCCAAGUGAAGCAGCUUUGAUUCAGAAGACAGCAGAGUGGAAUGCCAAGCAGCUAUCCAAAGCCUUGGGCUCUUCUUGCCCGGUUCGCAACAUUCGACUCAGUCGCCCGCUAGCUCGCUACUCUGGGCUGCCUCACCCCCCCACAGUUCGCCGCACUGGAAGCCCUCGCUCUCAGACACCAGAGCAAGAUCAACAAAUACUACUUGCGCAACAGCAGCAAUCUCAGCAGGAGCAGCAACAGCAACAGCAGCAGCAAGGUCCAGGAGGCACUAUGCAAGGUUGUCAGGAAGCAGAAGGUCCUGGUCCUCAACAGCCGCCAAUAGAUAACAUGGAAGUUGCUCAACAGGAAACCCUUCUUGAGAGCCAGCUGCGUUGCGAGGAAAUAAAAACUGAGCAGGAGGAAGAAAUGCAAGAAAAGUCCCAACUUGAGGAACUUGAGAAAUAACUUGUGCAAGAAGACACUUGCCAUGGUACGGGUACACUACUUGUCUGACAAUCCUAGUCAGAAUGUCACCAUGUACCUGAGGGUGAGGUUGGCUGGCUGUUGACCGUCUGGUAGAGUGCACUGGGGAGAGGCUGCGUGCAUCCGUGAGCGGCGGCCUCUGCUGAUCCUAGUGCGCUCGGAUCUCAGUUGUGGACUCUGUGUGGUUUCCUACAGUGUUAUACUCGUAAAAUGAAAUUAAGUUUUUAUAAGUAGGCUACUACUACUUUUUGUUUAAAGCUGUUGUUGACAUUCAUGAAGUAAUAGCUCAUGUGUAGUAUUUCAUAUUAGUAACAAUAAAUUAUAAUUUCAGUACCCAUCAUGAAACGAGUCUGUGUUUUUUUUUCUUUUUUUCUUUUUUUUUUUUUUUUUUUUUUCUUCUUUUCUAUGAAUGAUGUCUUUUUGUCCAUAUAGACUUUUAUGGUGGACUCGAAAGUUUCGUUGACAGAGACAUUAUUGCAUUUUGCACCUACCAUAUGGCCGAACUUGCUAAUAAAGACUUUGGUAAAUCUGCUUAUUGUCGACUUCUGCUUUGUCUUUAUAUACU